AUGCCGGAAUUUUGGGCGUUAACAACCAUCAUCCUCCUCGCAUUCUGGUCAAUCCUCACCGAAACUGUCACUCUCCGCUUCUCCGCCGACAAUCUCAAUCGUUUCUCCGACGAUUUCGACAUACUUAUGAGUUUAGUGAUUUUGGAGGUUGAGGAGAGGGUGAAGGUUGUUGAGCAUAUGUGGGAUGUGUAUGUUAAUAGCCGUCGGAUCAAUUUGCAACGGUUCUGGCAGGAUGCGUUUGUGGCUACUUAUAAGGAUUUGACUAGUGAUGUAGUUGAAAUGAGAGAAGCUGCUAUAAUGGAGAUUGCUAAGAUGUCUUUUUGGUUUAUUGAUCUUGAUCUAUCGCCUCCACAAUCAACGGUUGUUAAUUUUGAUGGAGACCGGCUUUUAGGUACCGGUCGAUUAAACAGUGGGGGUGUGGAGGUGGUGGUGGUCCGGUGGGGUGUGUGCAGGUGGUGGGAGUGGUCCGGUAAGGUGUAUGGCGGUGGUGUUCGGUCUAGUGGUGAUGGUCCGGCAAUUAGAUAG